AUGGAAGAACAAUUUGAGAAAUACUUUUUAUCAGAUUUAAAUACUGAACAGUUUAUCUGGGUGCAAAAACCAUUCCUUGUAGAAAUGGAACAAGUGAAACAUCUCCCAUUAAGUGCCCAAGAAGAAUUUGCUGAAUUUAGUUGUAAUACAAAACUUAAAACUGAGUUUAGUAAGCAAACAUUGAAUUCUUUUUGGCUUAGUGUGAAAGCAGAGUAUCCACUACUCUCUGAAUUAGCAAUGGCAGUUCUCUUACCAUUUGCAAUCACUUAUUUGUGCGAAAUGGCAUUUUCAGUAAUGACCAACAUCAAAACAAAGCAGUGCUCUUGUCUUUGCAACAUAGAAAUCGCUAUGAGACCUGCACUGACUGAUAUUAAACCCAGGUUUAAUUUAUUGUGCCAAAAUAUGCAGGCUCACCCAUCACAUUAA